AUGGUGCUGCAUCUAUUAAAGCUGUUGGAAAUAACAAACAAUCACGUCUAUUCAAACAUCCACCCUACUGAUCUAGAUAAACGAAGCUAUAGAGAACGUCAACAUAAUGAUUAUCUGCUCCAAAGAAUGAUUCGCAAAACACGCGAAAAGACAAUUGCUUCACCUCCUCAAAACAAACCACUAGAUCAACAUAAUGGAAGUGAUACGGUUAAACCCAAGUCGAAAAUACGAACGAAUGUGACGUUAGUUCGGAUUAAUCCUAAUCAUUUGUUUGUGACAAUACGUUAUGGAAAAAGAGAAAGACGAGGACGACCUCGGAAAUUUCCCAUAAAUGGAGGGACAACCGGGAAUGGUACAGCAGAACUACAAAGUCCAGAAAAGGUUCGUAGCAGUAAUCAAAGGCAACAGUACCAACGUCAACAUGAACAGCAUCUACAACAAUUGGAAAAGAAAUUAGGAUCAAGAAAACUGCGGCCAAUUGCUGCAGCAGCAGCAGUAAUGGGAACAAGAGAAGUAGACAGCACACAUACAGAUAUAGUUCUUGCCUUUAAUGAUCGCAAUAAGUUUAAUAACUAUAUUGAAGAAGCCAAAGAAUUACGAAGAUCCAAAAGUAACAACCGAACAGAUAAUGCCGAUUCUAUCAAGGAAACCACCCCAGGACCAGUAUCUCUAGUCAAUCUUCAUCGAUCAAAAAUUAAUCGUAUAGUAUUUCGAGAUUUCGAAAUAGAUACUUGGUAUACAGCCCCAUAUCCCGAGGAAUAUUCUCAAUCAGAGGUGUUAUACAUUUGUGAAUAUUGUUUAAAAUACAUGAAUUCCCCAAUAUCUUAUAAACGACAUCAAUUGAAAAAUUGUAAUUAUUCUAAUCAUCAUCCACCAGGGAUUGAAAUUUAUCGAGAUCCAAAGACAAAGAUCCUGAUUUGGGAAGUUGAUGGAAGGAAAAAUAUUAAUUAUUGUCAAAAUUUAUGUUUAUUAGCAAAAUUAUUUUUAAAUUCAAAAACUUUAUAUUAUGAUGUUGAACCAUUUAUAUUUUAUGUUUUAACAGAAAUUGAUGAAAUAAAUCCUGCAAAAUAUCAUUUUGUUGGAUAUUUUUCAAAAGAGAAAUUGAAUAACUCUGAUUAUAAUGUUAGUUGUAUUUUAACAUUACCAAUUUAUCAAAGGAAGGGAUAUGGGAAUUUAUUAAUUGAUUUUAGUUAUUUAUUAAGUCGACAUGAAUUUAAAUAUGGAACUCCUGAGAAACCUUUAAGUGAUUUGGGAUUAUUGAGUUAUAGAAAUUAUUGGAGAAUUACAAUUGCUCAGAAAUUGAAAGAAUUAUAUUUGAAAUAUUUAUCAUCACAGGAGAAUCAAUUUUCGGAAUCUAAAAGUCAUUUAUCAAAUAUAUCAACCUCAAUCGAUCUGUUAUGUAAAUUGACAGGAAUGACACCGUCGGAUGUCAUUGUGGGUUUAGAACAAUUAGAAUGCUUAAUCAAAAACCCAAUCACUAAUAAAUUUGCAAUUGUAUUAAAUAUGAAGAAAAUAAAUUAUGAAAUAAAUAAAUGGAAUUUAAAAAAUUAUACAAAAUUAGAUUAUUCACAAUUAUUAUGGAAACCAAUGAUAUUUGGACCUAGUGGAGGCAUUAAUUCCGCUCCUGCAAUACCAGUACCUCAACCCCACGCACACCUCCCAGGGGGGAUGAUUCCACCAGUUCCCCAUAAUAGUAUUUCCUUGAUCACAAGUUUCUUAAAGGAUGACAUCAAUAAUCCUUAUACAUUUGAAGAAGAAGGAUAUAAAGAAAUAGAACUCUAUCGUGAAAUGAACAACAGCAACACCAACAACAAUAACGAAGAAGGAGAUUUUGAUUAUGAGAAAUAUAUUGUAUGUCAUCCUGGUAUUUCAUAUAAUAAGAGCAAGACAAAGACAUCUCUACUUGGAGAGGUGAAGGAGAAUGGCGAGACACAUGAUAAUCCUAUUGAAAUAAUGGAGGAGUUGUUUGCGGAUAUAGAUGAGGAAGAAUCUAUUGAGGAUGAUAAAGAGGUUGAUUUUGAAGAGUUUGAAAUCGAAGAGGACGACGAUGAAGAAGAAGAUGAUGAUGACGAGGAGGAUGAAGUAGUUGUCACUAAUGGCUUAGUGAUCGACGACGAUGAUGAAGAAGAAGAAGAGUUUGCUGUGCUGUCUGAAUCGGAAAUCGAUGAUUUCUCGGAUAUUCCACUACCACCUGCUCGUACUACUAGUAGUAGAUCAUCUUCUGAUGGAGAAUUUUUCUCUUUUUGUUAG